AACAUUCUACUUCCUGUAGCGAGAAUGACCAGUCUUGCGAAAAAUAACAAUAAUUUUUACUUACAAAAUUGUCGCUUUAUGUGGGGCCUUGUGGUUAUACUAACCCCGUUUAGGUUAAAUCCAUUUAGAGAAUAACAAAUUUUAUUACGUGAAGAUAUCAGUGCAACCCCGGAAAUGGUUGCUCUCUGAUAUUGAUUGAGCCCGUGAGAAGCAGUUAGUGUUUGAAAGUGGGUUUUCAGUGUUUCUUUGUUCUUCAGAAUUAGCAAACUGACAUCUAUGAUGCUUGACCGGAGUAGGGUGAUAGUGAUGGCCGAUAUAAUUUUCAGCAGAAGACAAACACCUGAGGCGGAGGAAAGAAUUCACUGCCGUUGCUCCAGAGCCUUUGUACAAAGCAGACACUGACGAGAGGGAGGAUAAAGAAAAGGUUGAAACUGUAGUGUUGGAUGAGGAGGCUCAGCUGAUGGUCAGCAUGGGUCUUCCCUUGUCUUUUGCCAGCUCCUCUGAGCAGAAGAGAGCUGGAAGGAGGUCUAACACGAAUGCUUUCACGCACUGGGAAGAACCUUCUGAGGAGGAAGAGGAACAUGACAAAGACUUGCAAGUUGACAACCAAGUUGAGGAGAAGAGGUCAUGUAAUCAACUAGUGGAUAUAGCAGAAGGGAUCCAAGACAUUGGCUGGGAAACCUACUGGGCUCAACAGGGAGAAGCUCUUCUGUGGAACCAGUGGCUGGAGAAACAUCUUGGGAUUGAGAUGCUAUCUCCAGACGUUCCAGGAACUGUGACUGCUCCUUGGGACAACCCAGAUACAAAGGCUGCGUGGAACGAACAUGCCACAGAGACCUACUACUACUACUGGGAGCAGUACUCAUACUGGACAGCACAGGGCUGGACCACUGAGCCCUCUGAAUGUAAUGGCAUCACUAGAGAAGAAGGAGAGGGGGAGAUACACAAAGACAUACAGACACAUUCAGAAGAAGUGUGGGAGGGACAAACUGUGGCUGAGAGCCACCAGGGAGAAGUUGAGGUUUCGAAUGAUCGAUUUGGACAGAUUAGCACAUUAGGGGCAGAUGGGAGCUGUUUAACCGGAUCACAAACGGAUAAAAUUUGUGUGAGCUUAGCUGACACCAAAGAGCGGUCAGAAGGAGGGCUAUGUGCCUCUAAUGAGCCAUCCGACGGUGGAAAUGAUCACAAGACACCUGCUGCUUCCUCACAGCCACAUACAGCUGAAAAAGCAGAUUCCCAACAGACUGCUGGCAACCCUGACAGGCAUCAUGGCUCAAUAAAUAAGAUGUUAGAUAGAGAAGAUGAUGAUAAACCCCCAGGAGGAGAGCAUGCUAAAUUGAAACGCAGCCAUGAGCUGGAUGUGGAGGAAUGUGCAAAUCUUACACCGGAGGGAGCUUGGAAUAAACUGGGAUUCAAACACAAAAAAGAACUUUGGUUCAACAGUGUGUUCAGUUUUAAAGGUUGUGCAGUUCCAAAGGACCAGAGGCGCCACAGGAUUAAGAGAGCACUCUGCACCACCAAACGCAACAGUUUGUCAGAGAUGGCUGGAGACCGUACACAUCCGCAGAUCAGCGGCUCUCUCCAUAAGGUCCAAAACUUCCUUGGAGUGGUCCAAAGAGAGGCACAGAAUGCUCAGUCUGACCAACGUGAUGUGGAAGGGGGAAGUACGUCCUCAUUUCAGGCAGUGACGGGAGAUGAAAAGAGAAGAAGCAAGGAAAUGGAGAAAACUGAUAAAGAAGAUAAUCAGGCUGUGGAAGAAGAGAAUUCUGAGUGCAGUCAGCCCAACAACUUUACUGCUGCAUCUGUAUAUGAGCUGAGUGUGAGAGACGUAAAGAGGUCAAAGAAGAAGAAUCGUAAGCGAGCAAUGAAGCAACAGGUCGCAGCUGAAAUGACAGCUGACCCUGAGCUGGCUAAAUACUGGGCUCAGCGCUACAGACUCUUCUCACGCUUUGAUGAAGGGAUCAGGCUGGAUCGAGAGAGCUGGUUUUCUGUGACACCAGAAAAGAUCGCUGAGCACAUUGCCCUCAGGGUGCAGCACAGCUCAUCUGACUGUCUGUUGGUCAUAGAUGCCUUCUGUGGUGCAGGAGGAAAUGCCAUCCAGUUUGCCCUUACCGGAAAGAGAGUUUUGGCCAUUGACAUCGAUGCGAUGCGGUUGGACAUGGCCCGGCACAAUGCUGCUGUAUACAAUGUUACGAACCAAAUAGAUUUCCUUCAAGGGGACUUUCUACAGCUGGCAUCCCGGCUUCGAGGUGACGUUGUCUUCCUGUCACCACCAUGGGGAGGACCAGACUACCUGACUGCUGAGGUGUUUGACAUUAGGACCAUGAUGGAGCCUGAUGGAUUAGAGAUUUUCCGUCUGGCCAAACUGAUAUCAGACAACAUCGUUUACUUCCUGCCCCGCAAUGCUGACAUGGACCAGGUAGCCUCACUGGCGGGUCCAGGAGGGAAGAUAGAAGUGGAGCAGAACUUCCUGAACAACAAGCUGAAGACUGUCACCGCCUACUUUGGUGGCUUGAUUAAGUAGGAUGGCUGGGAACCCUGGCAAAUUAAGGAGCCAAUAUUAACCGCAUUUCUUCCUUCACUAACUAAGAAUGGUUCAAAAUUUAGUCUAUAUUGUAUUUCUGUGUUUCUGAUGGGGUUUACUGAACUGCAAAAUUGUGUUUUAUCCACUGCAGAAAUCCUAGCAGUUAUAUUUUAUGUUUUGUAUUGUACAUUUCGAUCCAAUAAACGUUUUGACAAUUA